AUGUGGGGACAGGUGUCUGACGCCACGGAGUGCUCCCAUUGUCCUCAUCACGUUCGCACAGGGACAGAGGCGCCUGUGUCCUUCUCGGAGUUCUGCGAGGCCUUCGGGUUUCCCGCCGGCCCCUCGGGCUCCCACACAUUGCUGCUCUUCUAUGAGCUUCGCGGCCCCGGCGGAGCUGUGGUGCAGAGCGGACGGGCCAGCGGCUGCCCCCGCCUCAGACUGCACCCGGAGACCCUGCUCUUUGCCUCGGAGGGGUACCUGCCGACAGUGCUGGAGGCGGGUGAGGAAGUCAGCUACAUCAUGCUGUACAGUAACUACACCCCCUGCCAGGAGCUGCCCAGCAUGUGCGCCAGCGUCAUGGUGGCCUUCAUGGAGCAGCACCCAUGGGUGCGCCUGGACCUGCUCUUCUCCCAGCUCUACCACACACAGCAGGGCUGGCCCUGCAGCAGGGAGAACCAGGCAGGCCUGCGCAGCCUGGCGGCGCUGUGGCCACGUGUCACCCUCAGCCCUAUAUCCGGGGGUACCUGGGGCCAGCUGUUGCACCUCUUUGUGAGGGACACUGCCCUCUCCGCCCCCCAGCCACCCCCAAUGCCCGGCAGAGUGGCUGCUGACCGCCUCAAUGCCGUUCAGAUCUCGGCCAUCACGGGCGUAGGCCCGGCCUUCUUGGACCUGCCCCCCGAGAAGGAGUCUGACUACCAGAAAGUCUCACAGGCCCCACCGCCCUGCGUGAAACCAUUGACCUUGCUCCCACCCCCACAUCUGCACACCUCCAUACCCUAUGGCCUCCCCCCACAGGAGCCCCCUGCCAGCCGGGCCCCCUACCACGUUGAGCCCCCUGCCAGCCGGGCCCGCCCCCGUCCAGUCAACGUGGUGAGACACGUGCGGCUGCCUCCUCCUGGCCCUGGCCGGCCCGAAUCCUCUCGGUCCUCAUCCCCUUCCUCUUCCUUGUGUACCCUGCUGCUCCCAGGACGCCCAGUAGAGGUGUUGCAGGUGACAGAGAGGGAGCUGCCAAUCAGCCAAUCACAGCGGAACAACUCCAGAAAAGGGAGGUCCCAACACAAAUAG